AUGUUGCCCCCCAAGGUAUACACUUUCCUAUGCGGUUGCUUUGCCGCCAUGGGAGCAAUGCUCUACGGAUACGAUCUCGGAGUCAUAUCUUACGUCCUCGUCGCCCCAGACUUUCUUAAGACGAUUGACACCACGGACGAAAACUAUAUCGGCUUCAUCACCUCUUCGAUGCUGCUCGGUGCGUUUGUCGGCAGUAUCCCGGCAUCUUUGAUUGCGGACGCAUUCAGUAGACGGAUGGCUAUCACGGUGGCGGGCGUGGUAUUCAUCGUUGGGGGCGUUUUGCAGACGGCGGCGCAGAACAAGGAGACCAUGUUUGCCGGGCGAUUCUUUGCUGGUAUCGGUAUCGGUAUGCUGGGUCUUCUGGCACCUCUCUAUCAAUCCGAAAUCGCCCAUCCCUCGGCUCGAGGUAUGCUAACAGCAACGUUCCAAUUCUUCCUCGGCAUCGGCUCCUUCCUAGCCGGCUGGAUAGCCUACGGUGUAGCGCAGACACACCGGGAAGAGCCUAUGGCUUGGAGACUCCCACUCGGGUUCCAGAUGCUCCCUGCCGUACCUCUCAUCUUCUUGACUUUUCUCCUCCCCGAAUCUCCACGAUGGUUGAUCAUCAAAGGCCACGACUCGAAAGCCCUCCGCAGUCUCGCUCGUCUCCAUGCUCAAGGGGACGAAUCCGACGCCUUCGUUCUGGGAGAGUUCACGGCGAUCAAGGACAAGGUUGAGGCGGAGGCUGUCAUGCAGCAGUCCUGGAGACUUAUAUUCAACUUCCAAGAUCGGACAAACAUGAGAAAGGUUCUGUAUGGGAUCAUCCUACAAUUCUCUGUGCAAAUGACUGGUGUGUCGGCCAUCCAAUACUACGCCCCAUCGGUAUACGCCUCCGUCGGUUUCUCCACCCACACUUCCCUCCUCAUCAACUCGAUCAACUCUGUCAACGCGCUCAUCGCACAGUUCUGCUGUAUCCUCUUCGUCGACAAAGUGGGAAGGCGGCUCCCGUUGAUCUUUGGGAAUAUCUUGAGCGGGACUUGUUUUGCUGUUGCUACAGCGCUGGCAAAGCAGUUUUCAGAUGGGAAAGGAAGUCGAGGGCAAGGGAUUGGUUUCGUCAUCGUGAUCUACAUCUACAAUUUCUUCUUCUCCUCUUGUAUCGGGCCACUCUCUUGGAUUUACCCGGUGGAGAUCAUGAAUACUGCUAUCCGAGCCAAGGCGACGGCGAUGGUGAAUAUGGCAGCUUGGAUCUCGAACUUCAUGAUUGGACAGGUCUCGCCAAAGGCUUUCGCUGAUAUCGGAUGGAAAUACUACCUCGUCUUUUGCGUCUGUUCCUUCACCAACGCCAUCACAUUCUACCUUUUCUUCCCCGAAACCCGAGGGAGGACUUUGGAAGAGAUGGAUAUGUACUUUAGGGAGAUGAACUUGAUCGUGCCGUUGACGAAGGGAGUGGGGAGGAUUGAUGUGAAGGAGAGGGAGAGGGAGCUUGCGGAUCGCGGUAUCGAUCAACAGCAGGGUGAUGGGAAGGAUGAGAAGAAGGAAAUCGAGCAUCAUGAGUUGGCUUGA